AUGAGCGCACAGCACGGUCUUCGAGUUGGAGACUCGUCCGACACCGACCUCGGGAAUGAGCAGCAAGCGCACGAUGCUCAACCAAAGCGGACUGUCGUCGAUUGGCUCCGUGACGAUGUCAACAUUCGAUACACGGAUAUCCCCGUCCUCGCCUGCUGUCUAGUGUCCGGGUUGUGCGACAGUGUAGCAGUCAACGCUGCCGGCGUCUUCGUCAGUAUGCAAACAGGUCAGUUCACCACCUCACGAGAGAAUGCGGUGGCGUGA